UCUCUCUAUCUGCUGUUGGUUCGUUCGUUUCUUUGAACCCAAAAAAAAAAAAUAUAUUAAUAGUAGUCUCUGUUUCUCCUCUGACACUCACACACACACUCUCUCUCUCUCUCUUUCUACUUUCAAGAUUCAAAUUUUUUUGGUUAUCUGAUCCACUCGUCUUUGAUCUUCUCAACUCUUUAUCUCUUUCUUCUCUAUACUCCGAUCUCUGUUUGUAAUCCUAGAUUCAUAUCUUCUCGAAUUGGCAACCAGAUCACGAUCCAGAUAUUGGAGACGACGUUUGGUAAUGCUAGAUCCAACCGUUAAAGUUUUCGAAUCAGAAGCUAUGGGAGAUUCGAUCGAAGAACACAGCAGUAGCAACAGUAAUGGAGGAGGAGGUAUCAUCAGCAGCAGCAACGAGAAGAAGAGUUGUGCCAUUUGUGGUACUAACAAACCCCCUCUUUGGCGAAGCGGUCCCGCCGGUCCCAAGUCGCUUUGUAACGCAUGCGGGAUCAGAAACAGGAAGAAAAGAAGAACAGUAAUCUCAAACAGAUCAGAAGAUAAGAUCAAGAAGAUGAAGAAUCCAAAGUUGGGUGAUUCGUUGAAACAGAGAUUGUUGGAAUUGGGGAGAGAAGUGAUGAUGCAAAGAUCAACAACGGCUGGGAAUAAACUCGGCGAAGAUGAGCAAGCCGCUGUGUUACUCAUGGCUCUCUCUUAUGCUUCUUCCGUUUAUGCUUAAAACCCGAAUUGAUUUCACCUUUUAAUAAUUAAUAAUAAUUAAAUUUUUGUAGGAUAUGUUGUUAAUUCUGUAAUUUUUGUUCGUGUUUUUGCGUUGUUGAAUUAACUUCAAAACUUCAAAUUUUGUAUCACUAGUUUGUAUGUGUGUGUGUGUGUGAUCUCUCUGGAGAAGAAUGAAAGGUCAAAGAUAAAGAUAAUUUUCUUACUUGGGACAAUUAUUUUUAUUGGAAGCUUUUGUCUUUAUUAGGACAAGAAUGGAGAGGAGACUUGCCUA